AUCAACUGCGCCCGACGAGAGCCACCACCUCACAACGGUAUUGACAGACUCUCGGAGCCCAGAUCUCAAACAACUUGUCCUUCUCAAGGUACUUCGUCGGAGCACGCGGGAGAACUCCCACAAUCCUAUUCUUGAGCUCGCAAUGGCACCCAUCCCCUCAAAACGCUCUCGCCCUCCCUUCUCACCUCCACGGCCUGGCAAGUCAAAACCUACGAAAUCACCCAAAACCCAAAGCGCUACUGGAUCUAAAAAGAGCACAAAGACAUCCGGCGGUAGCAGAGUCCAAAAGAAGACCUCCACAAAACGACCACGGCAGAAGAAGGUCUCCCGAGGCGCAGCAGGAACAGCGAGGGCAUUCCUGGAGGAGGAAGCAGGUGAUGAUGAUGAGGAAGACGAGGUGGAUGAAGAGCCCGAGGUUGUAGACAGAGACUCGACUGGUGACGAAGAGGAGGAGCAGGACGAGAAUCACGACAGUGACGACGAAUCGGGGAAUGACGAACAACAAGGCGACGAAGAGCCCGAGUCCUCGCCUGAACCAGACUUUAUGCUCGCUGAAGUCACCCACAGCGGUGAUCAUACAUCAGAUAUGUUGUCGUCGGAACCGGCGAUAACACUGCCACUGAUCCACCGGAUAAUGCAUACUCAAUUUAAUGAUCCCGAGAAGACGAAGAUCAAGCCUGAUGCGAAGGUAUUGGUGGGCAAGUAUAUUGAGAUUUUUGUGAAGGAAGGCAUAAGGAGGUGUGUGGAUGAGAAGAAAGAGCACGAGAAGAGUGGUGGUGGAGGAGCUCAUGUGGAUAGUGGAUGGCUCGAGUUGGAGGAUCUCGAGAGAGUAGCGACACAAUUGUGUAUGGACUUCUAAUGAGCAGGCAUAUGAGAAGGGCAUUCAUGAUACAUGCUCUGAUGGCUUGACUGGAGAGAUGCCAGAUUUUUCGUUCGACACAUACUAGCCUGUGAUGAGACCUGGUGUCGAGAUGAUGGGGAUUACCUUCCCAGCCCCAAUUCAUGGAGGCCCCGGGCAUGCGAACGCUACCCAGCGUGGCUGCUCACUUGUCAAUUGACGAGGACUACGCCGUGCGACGAUCGUGGCAGUCGUGAGAGUGUGGAUGUGGGAAAGGUCGAGUGAUAGACAUGCUUCACAGGGCGAGAUUCUCUCCUCCGCCGGUGGUUGCUAGCAGAGAUACUAGUAUCAUGGUAGGGCGAACGAGAGACAAUGGCCGCAGGAAUGAAGAUACGACGCUUGAUGUGGACGUACAGACGCUCGUCUCGAUCCAUGACACACUCGGACAGCGUAUGUAGGGUACCCUUCUGUCGGUCUGGGUGCGACAUACGGGAGAGUAUGUUGGAGGAUGUUCCUCCAGUCAUGCAGCCUUUAUAUCUCUG